AUGAUUUUCCCUCGACCCUUUUCGCGGGUGCGAACAUUGCUGUUAGCGGCUGCACUCGCAGCUUUCGUCACAUAUUCCUUCUUGCGCUGGCAGCGCAUCUUCUAUGCAGAACAAGCGCAAUCCGCAGUUACAAAGGCAACACCAUCCAACGAACCGGCCGUAGUAUUGACUAAGCCGGAAGGUCAUAUCAGCUUCUGGCGUCAAUUUCAGCCUCUUCUGGCUACCUACCAGCCAAAAUGUGAACCGCCACUGCGACUGGAAAUGGCGCCGUCUGUUAGGUUCGAGCAAGCGAGCCCUGACUUCCGGCCCGAGGUACUGGACAUGCUGGACGAUCACGUUGAAACCAUGAAGCAAGCUCAUACUGGGUUCGUCGAGGAGAUUAAGGCGAAGCCACCCAUGCUGCACUAUGUCCCCAACACCAGAGGGUUAGUUUCAACCGCAGGCGGCGAAUACUUACCUGUGUUGGUCAUCUCGCUACGGAUGCUUCGGAGGACAGGCUCAGAACUGCCACUCGAAGUGUUCCUUGCCAAUGAGGAUGAGUAUGAGAAAUAUAUAUGCGAUGUGGUUCUUCCAUCUCUCAAUGCACGAUGCGUGGUGCUUUCCCAUAUCUUGGAUGCUGUUCCAAAGGUUAUGGAUAUCCAGAAAUACCAAUUCAAACUGUUCGCCAUGAUGUUCUCUUCUUUUGAGGAAAUCCUGUUCCUGGAUGCCGACGCAUUUCCCAUACAUCAACCAGAGAUACUCUUCGUGAACGAACCUUUCAAGUCCAAGAAAAUGGUUACGUGGCCAGACUUUUGGGCGACCACAGUCUCGCCAUACUAUUACGAGAUAUCAUCCCAACCUAUGCCUUCGAACACUAUUCGGCAAUCUAGCGAAUCUGGUGAGGUGCUCCUUUCCAAGAAGGCCCACAUGGAGACACUCCUUCUCAGUGUUUAUUAUAACUUCUGGGGCCCCGAUUAUUACUACCCACUUUUGUCUCAAGGUGCAUCCGGCGAGGGUGACAAGGAAACAUUCGUUGCAGCUGCUCUAGCUCUCGGAGAAUCAUACUAUCAGGUUUCUGAGCCCAUUUGCGCUAUUGGUCACGGCACCGAGGGCGGCUUGGCUGGCUCCGCAAUGGUCCAGUUUGACCCGGUUGAGGAUUACGCCUUGACACAGAAAGGAGAAUGGCGCGUUCAUGGAUCAAAAGCCCCUGCUCCCCGGGCCUUCUUCAUCCAUGCCAAUUUCCCAAAAUUCAACCCAGCUACAGUGUUCGAGAAGCAAGCCGUCAACCCGGCUUUCGCCGAUGAUGGUAGCUACACACGCGCAUGGACCAUUCCUCAAGAAGUGAUUGGAAAAUUUAGUACGGAUGUCGAAAAGUAUUUCUGGAAAGAAAUUCUCUGGACAGGCUGCGAACUUGAGAAUAAAUUCAGUUCCUGGAAGGAUCGCAAGGGCAUCUGCGCGGGAGUGAAAAAGUACUGGAAUGCAAUAUACAUGGACAAGAAGACUCCAAGGAUAUAA